CGCUGCCGAGUGCCGAAAUGGCAAAAUGUCUUCGAAUAUGUGAUAAAAGUAUAAAAAUAGAGGUAUUUUAAGGUUUACAUGGUUUAAAAGUGUUCUAGCAAUGAAACCAUAAGUACAGUAACUCUCUCUAUUAGCGAUUAAAAUGUGUCAUGCUAUUAAUUAAUUAACUUUAAUAUUGGUAAGGUUCCAAUUGUGUCGUGGUUACACUACGGACUACAUUCUAGGCCCUAGGGUCGACCUGGUUUUCAGUUACAUCCCUCUCAAUGCCUGUAUACAAUACAGCUGAUCCUGAUGCCAAGAAUGCAGCUACCAAGUCUGGUGAAGAAGCUAAGCUCACAGCAUCGACCUUUCUAUUGCUACCUCGUGAUGAGCUUAUGGCUGUUUCUACUUCUAGUUGUUAUGUACAAGUAUAUGGAGACUCAAGAUGUUACAUUAACCGUGUUGAAGAAUUCCGUCAAUGAUCAGACUACGAGGAGUUUCCCCAGCAAUCCUCACCCUGACAUCAAGACACAGAGAGUGUUGCGGAUGUGCAAUCUGCCACAAGAAAUACGGACUGUCAGUGAAGGUCAGCUGAAAGAGUCGUAUCAGCUGGAAGGAGUGUUGAUCCUGUUGAGACACGGAGAUCGCGGACCACUGACUCAUGUCAGGGACAUUGUCAGUAUCGACUGUGCAACCAACCCCCAUCCCCAGCUGCCUGCCUACGAGACUCUCCUUGACAACAUCACGGGAACUCCUCAACUCUCACAGAUGCUCGGCCCCUUCCACGGCUUCCCCCUGCUGCCUCCUCGGUCGUGCAAUCUGGGUCAGCUAACCUACGUGGGGGUCUCCCAGCUGUUAGCCCUCGGGGAGGCGUUACGAGCCGCAUACGCUGACAGACUCAAUUUAUCCAACGCCACUGUUCCUGAUGACAUCGUAGUGUACAGCACAAAAUACCGCAGAACAUUCCAGAGCGCAUUGGCUUUCCUCUACACGUUUCUAACACCUGAGCUACUUCGCAACGUCGUCUUCAGAGAAACACCUAGUUUACAGUUUUGUUUUGAGGAUUGUGCAUGCCCUGCGAGUGAAGUGUACUUGAAAAAAUUCAAUCAUGAAAAGUCCAAUCAUUUAAACUUGCAUCCUGCCGUUUUGAAAUUGGUGAAUUCCGCUUCGUACAUUGUAUACGAGGUGUUCGAGAAGAAUCUGGCUAGUGACCCUCACUCCUUGAGAGACGCUCUGCUAGCCUACGUUUGUCAUGGAUCUAGACUGCCGUGUUCGGAGGACAGAUCUGUUUGUGUGCACACAGAACAGGUGACGAGUUUACUAUCUUACAUUGAAUGGGAAGCUCGUCAGUUCUCCAGGAGUCCCACGCUCAAACGGGCGUGCAUCUUACGAGCUUACGGCAUGUUGAGGAAUAUAGUCUCACAUUUGGUGAGGAUUAUCUCGGAAAAGAAACCGAAGCUUGUGUUAUAUUCUGGCCAUGACAAGACAAUACUCUACUUAACAACAGCUCUAGGAAUUGCGACAGACACUACAUAUUUGGCACACUAUGCUUCUAGAUUCAUUAUUGAGGUCUACAGGAAUACCAACAAAGCCACAGCUGAUCUAAGUGGAGAAUACUACUUCAGACUUCUCUUCAAUGGCAAAGAUUUCACCAAUAAAGUGCAGUUCUGCAAAGGCACAGUUAUUGUGCAAUCUUCCUCCAGUAAAGGAAAUUCUCAGACUCUAUUUUUGUGUCCUAUUCAUACCAUUAUUCAGUUUUUACAUAACGACUACUUCGCUCUCUUUAACGCUUCAAACUUUAAGGACGCUUGCACUGUACAUACUAAGUAGAUUUUCGAUAGCCAUAAAACUCGCAUUGCCUCUUUAGACUAGACUAACCAAUUUCAGCGUCUUCAAAUAUUAAUGUAUUCAAUUUAAGGACUGACUUACUUUUCUUGGUAAUUUUUUGUGGCUUAGAAAUAGUUAAGGUUUCUUCUUGCUGUGACUAGGAAUUGAACCAACUUCAAUUAUCUAGUAAGUUUCUUUGUAGUUAGCUGUGGUUUUAUUUUAACGUAGAAAAUUAAGUUGAUGUCUGUUGUACCUGAUUUUUUAAACUUAGAUGUGCAAUUUUAUACUUGAUGAAUUUCUGUAUGAGAUAUUGUGAUAAUUAUGCUAAGAUUUACUUUAAUAGCUUUAAAAUAUUUUAAAUAUUAUGGUUAGGUGAGAAAUUGCAGAUAGAUGCAGAACAGUCCCACAAACUCAACGCAAUAUCAAUAUGUGGUCCACAAGGGUGUGCAGUUUGAGAAAUGGGGGUGUAAUAGGGAUCAAAUAUUGUGAAUAUUGGAUUAAUGUUGUGUAAGUAGGCUGAAUGUUUUGUUAAACUAUAAAUUGUUGUGCUGACCUACAGAAGGCUUUAAGGCCAUGUCACACCGACAUCCGCCGCUCCCGCCACGGGAGUACCGCGCGCGGAUGUUUUUCCUCGAGCCAUGUCACACCAAAAGU